AGAACGUCAAAAUCCAAGGAACGGCUGGUGUUUUUGUUAGCAAUUAAAGUAAUAUUCAAAUGUGUUAUGGAUUGUUUUGUGCAGGAUAAAUAGAAUGCGUUAAAUUAGAUAAAAAUACAAAUAUGAAUACACAAAUUGUAUCAACUGAAAGGUCGAUCUUUUUUCCAAAAUUUUCCCUCUCAAGUACAUCUGAAAAUCGUAUACAAGAAAAUGGGGUUGAGGUUGAGGGAAAAGUUAAAACCAAACUUCUCUCUAUGUGGAACAAUGUCAAAUAUGGCAUGAAAUUAAAAACCAAUUUUUCCAAAGAAUCUCCUGUCUGGCUAUUGGGGAAAUGUUAUAGAAGGAUAGAAAGUCCCUCUUCAGAUAUUACUGAAUUGGGAACAGAUGUUGCUGCUAUUCAAAGUCAGACUGAUAUUUUAAAUCCUGACGACGAGGGAUUUGAAGGCUUUAAAAAAGACUUUAUAACAAAACUAUGGUUGACAUAUAGAAGAGAGUUUCCUAUUUUAAAUGGUUCAAACUACAGCAGCGAUUGUGGAUGGGGCUGUAUGCUUAGAAGUGGGCAAAUGCUCAUUGCCCAGGGGCUGAUCUCACAUUUUUUAGGACGAGAUUGGAGGUGGCUACCUGAUGUUACCAAAGCACCGUGUAUCCAGAGUAUAACACAUAGAAAAAUAAUUAAGUGGUUUGGGGAUAAACCUUCGUUAAAUAGUCCUUUAUCAAUUCACACAUUGGUAACUUUAGGUGAGGCAGCUGGUAAAAAAGCUGGUGACUGGUAUGGACCCGGAUUUGUAGCCCAUUUAUUUAGGCAAGCUUUUAAACUGGCAUCCAAUGACAAUUAUGAAUUUGAUUCAAUUUCUGUUUAUGUAGCUCAGGAUUGCUCAGUUUAUAUUAGAGAUGUCUUAGAUGAAUGCACUUUGAAAAAUGACAAAUGGAGAUCUUUAAUUUUACUUAUACCAGUCAGACUGGGAGCUGAAAAAUUCAACUCGAUAUAUGCGCCGUGUUUGACAACUCUUUUUAGUUUAAAACAAUGCAUUGGCAUCAUUGGAGGCCGUCCCAAACAUUCCUUAUAUUUUGUUGGAUACCAAGAUGACAAGUUAAUACACUUGGAUCCACAUUACUGUCAGGAGGUGGUGGAUGUUUGGGCCCCUGACUUCCCCACCACCAGUUUUCACUGUAGAUCUCCAAGAAAAUUGCACAUAAGCAAAAUGGAUCCGUCUUGUUGUAUCGGUUUUUACUGCGCCACCAAACAGGACUUCUUUUAUUUAAUUGAGACUGUGCAACCACUGGUUGUUCCACCAAGCAGAUCUGGCAGUGGAAACGAAUAUCCCAUGUUUAUUUUUUGCGAUGGACAUAGCAAAGACGCACAAGUCACUCCAAAAAGACUCCCCCCUCAAGAUCUCGAGUAUUCUAUAGACAGCAAUGACUCUGAUAUGGAAACAGAGGCCUUCGAGAUUUUGUAAUUAAUUAAUAGUCAAUCAAAAAUUAAUUUAAACUUAAUCAAUUUAUUUAUAUUUUUUGUGAAGGCUAUUUUCAUUUGUUGUGGUUGUGAUUUAUUUGGCUUUAAGAUUUUAAGAAAAUGAACAACCUACAUACAAAAAUAAAUAUUUAGUAUUUAGCACCUAUACCUAUACAAACCUGCAUGUAUGUUACCAUUUGUAACAUUUGUUAUAAAUUUUGCCAAAAAUCAUUCAUAUUUAUUAUCAUUCUCGACCUAUAUAUAUGUUACUAUUAAUAUAAGUAUCAAACUCAUAAAUUAAAGUAGAAUUUAAC